AGGGUGCUGUGGUCAGGGAGGAGCUGUGGCCACCGGAACAGGGUGUGGGCCAGCACCAGCCACACGGCUUGUGCCACCGUGUCUCUGCCAUCCCUCUCUUCUCCACUCAAGGACCAUGGGGCUCCUCAGUGUGACCGUCCUGCUGGGCAUGGCUCUCCUGCUGGCACCCGGCAGCACCCAGGCUCUGAGCAGCUCCCGGUGGAAGGAUCUGGCCAUGGAGCAGGAUUUGGCUGAGGAAAGCAUCCUGGGUGUAGGAGCACCAGAGGAGGGUGAACCAGGUAUAAAGGUCUUCUCCAGCAGUGCCUGGGCUCAGAGGGGCCCACCCCAAGUCCAGGCAAGGCCAGAAGAGGAUCGUGACCACCUGUACCACGCCCAAGAUGAUGCCAGGGAGGCCAGUGCCCGUGUGCCAUUCUGGAUGCCGGCCCCAAAGGUGCAGAAUGGCCCGGAGGAGGACCGUGACCACCUGUACCACCCCCAGGAUAAUGCCAGGGAGGUCAAUGCCCGUGUGCGUGCGCCAUUCUGGAUGGCGGCCCCAAAGGUGCAGAAUGGCCCCGAGGAGGAUCUUGACUACAUCCAUCACGACUGAGUGGAGAUGUGCCCGGGCUGUGAAAUGAGGGGUGGGAGCUGCCCCUGGGUUUUCCUGGAGAAAUUUGUCUCUUCCUACCGAGCCUUGAGUCUCACCAAUAAACCCAUCCCCUCUCCACA